GUACUCUAAAGUUUACCUCGGACCAGCCCAUUUCGCGCCUCCAAGUCCCAUUCGUCCAAUCAUGCCCAAGGAUGCAGAAAGUGGCCCGGUAUCGGCGCUCUUCGGUGUGAUCAAACCGUCUGGGCCUACAUCCAUGUCCGUAGUGAACGACGUCAAGAAGCUCGUCGCGUCCUCGCCUCUCUUCGUCGAGAAGAGCAAGCUCGCCGAGAAAUCGAAGCAGUCGGGCAAGAAGAACAGGUUCCGGCGCGAUGCAGUCAAAAUCGGGCAGGGCGGGACGCUCGACCCGCUCGCAGACGGCGUCCUCGUGAUCGGCGUCGGCAAAGGUACGAAAAAGCUCUCUGAAUUUCUCGACUGCGUCAAGGAGUAUCGCACGACGUGCCUGCUAGGGUGCGAGACCGACACGUACGAUAGCGAGGGGAAGCAGGUGCGCGCCGCACCGUGGCACCAUGUCACGCGGGAGCAGGUCGAGCAGGCCCUGGAGCAGUUCAGAGGCGAGAUAGAGCAGGUACCACCAAUCUUCUCCGCGCUAAAAAUGGACGGGAUGGCGCUGUACGACUACGCUCGCAAGGGUAUCCCCCUGCCGCGCCCAAUCGAGAAGCGGAAGGUGACGGUUCAUGAGCUCGAGCUGGUCGAAUGGCUGGGCAGCGAUCACACCUUCAAACACCCUGAGAAGAAGUUCUCUAAGGAGGAGCAAGAAGCGAUGGAGGCCGCCCUGAAAGGCGUCGACGGCGGUGCUUCCAUCAAGGACGAGCCGGAGCAGGAGGAGCCCUCAGAAAAGCCACCGACGGCAUUCGUGUUGCGGAUGAAGGUUUCCGGAGGCACUUACGUCCGGUGCAUCGUGCACGACCUCGCACACGCCCUGGGAUCUGCCGGCCAUGUCGUCACUCUUCAGCGAUCCAGGCAAGGCCGGUUUGCGCUCCAGCCGAAGGAGGAAGGCGACAGAGCAUGCGUACCAUGGGAAGUCUUCCAAGCGGCACUAGCCGACGAAGGUGCUGUAGACGACGAAGGUCAUAAGGAAUGGGAGCGAGAGGUGCUGUCAAAAUUAGAGGUCGUAUAGACUGACUUUAGGUGUACAUUAGAGCCAAUACUGCAUGUUCUGCGCACGUUGCAAAAGUCCAGACUGCCUCGUCAGCCACGUAUCGUGAGCCUUACAAAUGGCCUCGGUGCACCGAAGCAAACCAUCGAUUCCGACGCGUAAGAAGGCAGUUUGCUGGCGCUUGCUGUGCGAACAGCAUGUAUACUAUUGUGCUGCGAGGCCCAGGCAUGCUUCGUCGCGCCUUUGAAUGGCAAGAUGCUUCCUGAUCAGUCUGUUAUUUCUGGCAUCCCGCUUCGCUGGGGGAGUUUGUGACGUUCCUGCCUUUUGCACCCGC